UGGGCGCGCUCCCAGAGACCGGCUGUGGGGCCCGGGUGGGGUUGGAAAAUGAUGGAGGAGGCGGAGGAGACGGAGUGUUGAGUGGAACCUGCGGAAUCCGCCGAGAUGGGUUCGGGCGCGGGCUCGCCCUUUGGGACCCUCCGCUUCCAGUGGCUGCUGUUGUUUGGCCUGCUGGGUCCAGUCCUCGGUGGGUCGCGGCCAGGCUCUCAACAGACCUCACAUCUCUCUUCUUAUGAAAUUAUAACUCCUUGGAGGUUAACUAGAGAACGGAGACAAGCUCCCAAGCCAUAUUCAAAACAGGUAUCUUAUGUCAUUCAGUUCAAAGGAAAAAAACAUAUUAUUCACCUGGAAAGGAACAAAGACCUUUUACCCAAAGAUUUUGUAGUUUAUACCUACAACAAGGAGGGGGCUCUGAUCUCUGACUAUCUUGAUACACAGAAUCAUUGUCAUUAUCGGGGCUAUGUGGAAGGAGUUUACAAUUCGUCUGUUGCUCUUAGCAACUGUUUUGGACUCAGAGGAUUGCUGCAUUUAGAUGCUACGAGUUAUGGGAUUGAACCCCUGCAAAACAGUUCUUCUUUUGAGCAUAUCUUCUAUCGGAUGGAUGAUGUCCGCAAAGAGCCUCUAAAAUGUGGGGUUUCAAACAAAGAAGUAGAGAAAGAAAUCACAAAGGAGGAAGAGGAAGAGUAUCCGAGCAUGACUCAGCUACUUCGAAGAAGAAGAGCUAUUUUGCCACAAACCCGCUAUGUGGAGCUGUUCAUUGUAGUCGACAAGGAAAAGUAUGAUGCAAUGGGGAGAAAUCAGACUGCUGUGAGAGAAGAGAUGAUUCGUUUAUCAAACUAUUUAGAUAGUAUGUAUAUUAUGCUAAAUAUUCGAAUUGUACUUGUUGGACUGGAAAUUUGGACAAAUGGAAAUCUGAUCAACAUGGUUGGAGGUGCUGGUGAUGUGUUGGGAAAUUUUGUAAAUUGGCGGGAAAAGUUUCUCAUCAUGCGUCGGAGACAUGACAGUGCACAGCUUAUUCUGAAGAAAGGUUUUGGUGGGACUGCAGGAAUGGCAUUUGUGGGAACAGUGUGCUCAAGGAGCCAUGCAGGCGGGAUUAAUGUGUUUGGGCAGAUCACUGUGGAGACGUUUGCAUCCAUUGUUGCCCAUGAGCUGGGCCAUAACCUUGGAAUGAAUCAUGACGACGGCAGACAGUGCAUCUGUGGGGCAAAGAGCUGCAUCAUGAAUUCGGGAGCAUCAGGUUCCCGAAACUUUAGUAGCUGCAGUGAAUGUGAAUUGGACCCUUGCUGUGAAGCAAAGACCUGUAAGCUUCGAUCAGGUUCUGAGUGUGCAUAUGGUGACUGUUGUAAAAAGUGUUUGUUCCUUCCAGGAGGUACUGUAUGCAGAGGGAAGAACAAUGAAUGUGAUGUUCCAGAGUAUUGCAAUGGCUCUUCUCAGUUCUGUCAACCAGAUGUUUUUAUUCAGAAUGGAUUUCCUUGCCAGAAUAACAAAGCCUAUUGUUACAAUGGCAUGUGCCAAUAUUAUGAUGCUCAGUGUCAGGUCAUCUUUGGCUCAAAAGCCAAGGCUGCCCCAAAAGAUUGUUUCAUUGAUGUGAAUUCCAAAGGCGAUAGAUUUGGCAAUUGUGGUUUCUCUGGAAAUGAAUACAAGAAGUGUGCUAUUGGGAAUGCCUUGUGUGGAAAGCUUCAAUGUGAGAAUGUACAAGGCAUGCCUGUAUUUGGAGUUAUGCCUGCUAUUAUUCAAACCCACCACAGAGAUACUACAUGUUGGGGUGUGGAUUUUCAACUAGGAUCUGAUGUUCCAGAUCCUGGGAUGGUGAAUGAAGGCACAAAAUGUGAUGCUGGAAAGAUUUGUAGAAAUUUCCAAUGUGUAAAUGCAUCUGUUCUGAAUUAUGACUGUGAUAUUCAAAAAAAGUGUCAUGGACAUGGGGUCUGUAAUAGCAAUAAGAACUGUCACUGUGAAAAUGGCUGGGCUCCCCCAAGCUGUGAGAACACAGGACAUGGAGGAAGUGUGGACAGUGGACCCACGUACGAUGAAAAGAAUACUUCCUUGAGGGAUGGACUUCUGGUAUUUUUCCUCCUCAUUGUUCCCCUUAUUGUACUUGCUGCUCUUAUCUUCUUCAAGAGGGAUCAGUUACGGAGACGUUGCUUCAGAAGGAAGAGAUCACAAACAUAUGAAUCAGAUGACAAAAAUCAAACAAAUGCUUCUAGACAACCAGUGAGUUCACCUCGCUAUGUCUCUUCAGCGAUUCCUCCCAGAGAAGCUCCUCCUUUGGCAAACAGAUUUCCAGUACCAACUUAUGCAGCCAAGCAACCUCAGCAGUUUCCAUCAAGGCCACCUCCACCACAACCGAAAGUAUCAUCUCAGGGAAAUUUAAUUCCUGCUCGCCGAGCUCCUGCACCUCCUUUAUAUAGUUCUGUCACUUGAUUUCUUUUACCCGUUCCUCUUGCUCUAAUGUCUUCAGGGAAUUGAGCUGAUGAUUUUUUUCCCCCUUGUUGUUUUCUUGAUAAACCUUUCUUCCUGCUGCAACUCUGAAUGAAAGGAAAAUACCAGGAUAAAAAAUUGUACUAACACAGAGAAACAAGAACUAAGUAUCAGGUAUUGGUAAAUAGAAGGAAAUUCAUUAAGCCACAGAUUUGAAAUAAAGCUUCCAUUUCCAUCACUGAAUAAACUGUAUUAGGUUAUCUAUCAGGUUAAUGCAUUUUACAUGAUUGUUAUUUUGAAUAUGUGAUUGUAGUGAUCCUCAACUUAACUGUAUUAGAUUAAGUUUUUUCAUUUUGUGCUUUAAUAUUAUUCUGAACUUUUUACUUUAGUUAUUAUUAAUGUAGAUUCUAAUUGAACAGGUAAUAAUCUAAUACCUGUGAAAAUGCACUAAUUAGCUGCCAAUAAUGAAUACAUUUCAUCUUGCAUGCACUAACAAUCAUUGUUUUUAGAUGAUUGCACAAGAACCACAACUAUGACUUUAUAUUAUUUUAAAGGAAUAAAAUACUCUAAAAUGUGUGUACAUUCACACAGUUAUUAGCUCAAUUUUUACAGUCUUCAGCUAUGACAAUGAUUAGGAAAGUUAAUUUAGUAUUAGAAUUUCUAGUGUGAAUCAUAUUGAAGCAUGGCACCCUUUUGCAGUGCAUAAUUAUUUAAAAUAAAUGAUAAGAUUUAAGGUACGACGUAUUUAAUAGAAUUAAUCUGAGAUUUUGUUGAUUCAUGGCUAUAAUAAAGCAGAAAAAAUUAUAAUAACUUUACUCAAUUGAGCUAUUAUAAAACCACUAAAGAAUUUCAUGAGCACUUUAAAAAUUAAGUCUAAAAUCUGAACUUUCAAAGUUUACUAUGAAUAUCAUGUAGAAUGUUCACAAUUAGUAAGGUGUGCUGGAUCAUGUCUCAGUUGUCACUAAUAUUUUCAAAGGAAUGAGGCUGGAGGAAGGAAGGAAGAAAAAGUAUAUUUGGCUUUGUUUUGUUUUUAGAGGAUUGCAGAACUAGUGUGGCAUUUGUGAGUUAUAUUCCCAGCUGUGUUAAAAAAGGAAUUAUCACUGUGGAAGAGAUGAUAUGGACAGUGCAAUCUUAAACACUAAACUUUUUCAUAAUCUUUCAUAAUAAAGUUUAAUAAUAAAUUUAUUAAUAGAAUUUCAUUAGUUUUUUUAAAAAUUGGUUUGUGUUUAUAUUCAUAUACAAAUACAACAUUUACAAUAAAGAAAAUACUUGAAA